GGCACAACACACCCCAGCAGCUGUCCAGACAAAUUUCUAGGGAUCUCCGACGACGAAAUGUCUAAAACUCUCUCUGCUCGUAACCAAGCCCUUGAUGCCCUAGAACUAAUGGCUAACCUUCUAUGCACAUCGCACCCCCAUGCACUAUUUGUGAUAGACCCCGCCUCAGGCAAGACUGUAGAAGGGUACAGCAUGGGUGUGGAGUGCGGCAAUGAUAACAUCAUUUGGACUGUUAAGAUGGGAGAAGACUGUCGCUUUAGAAGCCUCAUGCGCGCCCGCAGGGUGGCCAUUCCUAGCUGUACGUUAACCAGGGCUCUUUUCCACAAUACCGGUAUCGCUCAGUAGCUUAUGAGAUAAUGCAUGGAUAGAUAACCCUAGGAUAGCCGCUGAAGCCGAGUUUCAAAUUGACAAAGUCUGGCGCGGGCAAGUUUGCGAUGAACUUCUAGCUCUCCAUACCCUCGGAAAGCUAAAGCGGAACUGGUGGGAAUAUCCACUGGUUCUCAAGACUGAUAGGGGCAGUCGGUAUGUUUCUCGGUCUACUCCGCUCUCUGUUGUUUCAACUGCACUUUUCAUGCUUGAAUAACGUUAACUAGAUAAAACAGUAGUCCAACUCAUCGGGGAUCUCCUCAUGAUAACCAACGACCUGAGGUGGGAGCUGUCAAGCCAAAGCAGGGUGGGCCGCGGGGAGUUAUUUACAUUGCCUGCUCUCCUCGUACUACUGCGCAUUCUUCUGAUGUUGCUUGGGAGUUCUCUGAUGCUACAUCGGCCUUUGCGGGUGCUAAGAGUGAGGAAGGUGACGGUGAAGGCGAGGGAGAUCGCGAAAUUGCCGACAACGGAAUCGGUAGGGAGGGGGCAGAGUGCUAUGCGGAUGAUGAGGGUGAAGAUGGGGAAUACGAUGAGGAUGGAGAUGAAGACGAUGACGAACCCCUGAUUGAGUUGUGAAAUGGGGCACAAAAUUCUAAUUCCAGCUUAGGCGUGCUGGUAGCCGGAACAACGGGGUAUGGAAGGCACUGCUUCACAUCACUGAUACCAUCGAUGCCGCUAACACGGAAUUCUCCAGCCACUCUCUCUCCCUCUAGAGUUUGUACCUAACUUAGGUAGUACAAUGACGGUUGCCCUUUAACCAAACAGCUUCCUCGCUGGCUGUUUCUGCUAUUUCCUGACAUUUUCAUUUGUAAAGCUUGAUUUCUUUACCUGUAUUCUCACCCAAUUCACGGCCAAUUCAGAAAAUGGAUACUUAGUGGAACAUGGUAGUUUCAAACAUUCAGACCGCGUUAGCAGGGUCUGAGUAUUCCA